GCUCCUUUAUCAGGAUGGUUGUUAAAAAGAGCCACCUGACCUGUGCUGUUCUGUGGGCACUGGCUAUGGAGUCACUCAUUGCUCUUGUGUUCAUGUCGAUGAACAUAGGAGGAGCACCCAUGUACAAGGACUCCUCCAAAGAAGACACAUGGGUCCCUGCGGAAACGGCCAACACUGCUGGAGCUGUGGAUCUCCUGAUGAUGAUUUCACUGAAUAUGUGUCUUGAAUUUUGGAUCCUUCUUAGGGAAAGGAACAGUUCAGCUGCAGAUCAAAUCAUGGCUGGAAUUGCUAAGACCAUGAAAGAGUAUCCUGUGGAUUUCCACGGGGCUCGAAUCAUCACAGGCCAAGAGGAAGGAGCUUAUGGCUGGAUGGCCAUCAACUAUCUAACAGAUUCCUUCUCUAAGCACUCCUCCAAAGAAGGAGUCCCUCCAGGAAUGGUCAACACUUUUGGAGCUCUGGAUCUUGGAGGAGAAUCAACUCAAAUAAGUUUUAUCCCAAAGAGUUCAUUUAUGAAAUGGAAUGAAGUUUCCAAAGUCACUCUUUAUGGGUAUAACUACAAUAUUUACACCCAGAGCUACCUCUGCUAUGGACAGAACGAGGUGCUGAAGCGCCUGGCAAAGACUUUAAUUGAGGAGUCACCUUCCAGAACACAAGUAGGACAUCCUUGCUACCCGAAAGACUACAGAGAAACCAUCUGGCUGUCUUCCUUGUACUCCACUCCCUGCAUAAUGCAGAAUGACUUCCAUGCAGCAAUUGCUGACAGAAGAGUGACCCUGGAGGGCAAAGGAAAUGCAAAACGGUGCCGGGCUGUCAUCCGGAAGCUGUUGAAUGUCUCGACAUGUGGCCAGAGCCAGGACUGCAACUUCAACGGUGUCUACCAGCCUCCUGUCAGCGGCCACUUCUUUGCCUUCUCAGGAUUUUACUAUAACUUCAGAUUCCUCAACCUGACCAAUGGGCAGUCUCUGCUCACUGUCAGCAAGAGCAUCCGGAAUUUCUGCACAAGGAGCUGGCAAGAUCUGUCUUCUAGCUACCCUGAAGAAAAGCCUGAGCGACUACGUAGCUAUUGCACUAAUGCAAACUACAUCCUCACGCUCCUCCUGGAUGCCUACAAGUUUAAUGAGACCAGCUGGAACAACAUCAUCUUCCAGAGGAAGGCCGGGAGCACGGAUGUCACCUGGAGCCUGGGCUACGCGCUGGAGCUCGCCAACACCAUCCCACGGGAGCUGCUGCACUUGGUGCAGAGGCAAAACCCCUUCCUACAUGCUGCAGCCGUGGUCUUCAUUGUGUCUGCCCUUAGCAUGGGGCUUGUUCUUGCGCUCAAGCGCUGGCACAGGUAG